GUAUCGCGAUUAAAUUUCGAAUUAUUUUUAAAGGAUUCAAGUCAUUCAACGCAUUCAAGGUUUGCAAAAAUGAUUUCCUGAUAUGUUACUGAAUAUUAAAAAAUUUUUAAAGCAAACUUAGAACAUAUUUUAUGGUUAAGCAGUUAAGGUUUUAUGUUCGGCCACUAAACAGCUUAAAUCCAGUACAAUACUACGCAUGAUUGUCGUCGAACCGACCCGUAUCAGACAAUGCUGCUGGUGAUGGUAAUUUUUAUUAUGUAUAUUAUACAGUGAAGUCCUGCUGCGUUAUUGACGACAUCAACCUCACUGAAACAAAUAAUACGGAAAGAUGGGGGCAAUAGCAAUACUGUGUCCCCAUAUGUCAAAACCCGUAUGUCAUCCGCAUGAUGUAAAAUUAAAAAAUGGAAAUGGGGAAAAUCCUUUAUAACACGGUUAGAUGGUAGUUUUGCGUUCAGUUGUCACGCUCAGUUGUCGCAGUUGGACAGAGAUCAACUUAUUCCUGUUACAGUGAUCAUGUAUCGAGAGCUAAUAAUGAUAAAAGGACUGUUUUUAACGUGGCUACUGCUGGCGUCUGCCUUAUCAGAUCCCAGCCCGGAACCGUUUAAUCCGAAUUAUAAUAGGUUUCGACAAAAGAUUCCUCGAAUCGGCCGACGAGGUGAAGGAAUCAUCGCUGAAUACAUGAAUUCAGAAUCUUUUCCUCACGAAGGAAGUCUCUCUAAUUUUUUUCUGAAGGCAUCAAAGGCGGUUCCUCGUUUGGGUAGGCGCAAGGAUAUUUCCACGGAGUCUGGUCGGGCGGCAAUGGUUGGGGAGGAACCUUUUGGCCGUAUAUCCAAUGAAAUUCCCAUUAUGAAUCAGAAGCAAGAUUUGUGGCCUAAUAUGAAUAUUAAUGAACUAACAGGCGCAUUAAAUAAAGAAUUGAAUUAUCCGGGACCGCGGAUACCCAAAGACCUGCAAGACAAUUACAUCCAAGAUUUGAUUCAUAGCUGGAUCAAUCAAUAUGAAAAUCUCAACGAAAAUUAAAGGACCCAUGACGUUAAUGUUUUUCUUUUGUUUUUUUGUUUUUUUCCGGGAGGGAAGAGGGUUGGAAUAUACUGUAGUCCAAUCAAUUUGUUUGUUUAUAUUUUUCAUGAGCACAAGACAUUGGUCAUUAAACAAUGUAGUUAAAAAAAA